AUGGUGCUGUGGGACAUCAACGAGGCAGGGCUGAGGGAGACCGCAGCACUGGCCCGGGAAAGUGGAGCCUCCAGGGUGUUCUCCUACGUAUGUGACUGCAGCAGCAAGACCGAGGUGUACAAGGUGGCUGACCAGGUGAAGCGGGAGGUUGGAGAUGUCACUAUUCUGGUGAACAACGCUGGGAUUGUCACAGGGAAGAAGUUCAUGGAUUCCCCAGACUCCCUGAUCGAGAAGACCAUGGAAGUGAACACCAUGGCCCACUUCUGGACAUAUAAGGCGUUCCUUCCUGCCAUGAUCGCAAACAACCAUGGGCACCUGGUGAGCAUCGCCAGCUCCGCGGGGCUUCUGGGAGUCAAUGGUUUGGCAGACUAUUGUGCCAGUAAAUUUGCAGCUGUCGGAUUUGCAGAAUCCAUUGGACUGGAAAUGCUCGCCAUAGGGAAAAGCGGCGUCAAAACCACCAUCGUUUGUCCCUAUUUUAUCAACACCGGCAUGUUUGACGGCUGUCAGACCAAGUGGCCUCGUAUCAUGCCCAUCCUGGAUCCAGAGUAUGCGGUGAGAAAGAUCCUGGAGGCUGUUCUCACAGACCAGGUGUACCUGCUCUUGCCACGCAGCAUGUACCUCAUCGCUGGACUCAAGAGCAUCCUCUCCACAAAACAAGGGCUCCUGCUGGGGGAGUACCUCGGGGCCUUCACCAUGAUGGACCACUUCAAGGGACGCAACAAAAAGCUGGAGUAA